AAUAAUUACUGCAUCGUGAGUCGUGCAGAUCUGGUUCAGUUACAUUCGUCUUUUCCUGCUUACAACAUUAUAUUCGCUGCCGCUUGCCAGUGGUUGUAGCGUGAAGUUGCGGGUAUCGCUUUAGCCUCCGACGUGUCAUGGAUGCUACAAGUCAUCAAUUAAGUCCGUUAAAGGACCCACCCCCGUCGUCAAAUCCCAACAAAAUCACCUGCGGAGUUUUCCACAGUCGUGGCGGCGGGUUCGGCCUCCCCGGUGGCUGUCACAUGUUGGAUGCAGACAUUUAUUCCCACGUCGCUGUUUAUUUGAUUAAAUGAGAAUUUUGCUUCAUAUCCCAUGCGUCAUUCUACGCCCACCAGCUACCCUUCCUCUGGUGGCAGGUAGAGGAGCAGGACCACCAGCGAAGGAAUUUGGACAAUUCAGUGGUUGCGUUUCGUUUCCGCAUGAUUUCGAUAUUUACCUCACUUCGAAAACAACAGUCUUUUUUUCGACCUUUUCAUAAACAGUAUUCUGUGAU